AUGAUGGCGGAAGCUGAUUCAACCGUGCCACAGACAUCGAUGGACCCUGUUCAGAAUUUCGGACACUACAUGAGCGGAGCAGAUCAAAGCAUAGAGAAUGGCCACGGUGAGAAAAAACAUAAGAAAGUCAAAUACCGCUUCCUAUCGCCUUCAGAAUGGGCCAUCCUAGCUCGGGGAGUUGGCGGGAUCAGGGAUAUAGAGCAUAAUAAACCUGUUCAUCCGACUAAUAGCUUCUGGCCCCCUCGAGGCAUCCCCCAGGGCCUCUAUCGCGACUGCAUCUACCGUCGUACCGUUUCGUCCUACUCAUUUCACAUCAUCGGCCUCGUUCGCGCAAUUCUAUUCAUCUUGCAGUUGAUCAUUGGUGCUAGUAUCACAGCUCUCAGCGCUGGAGGCGCCAACGAUACAGCUAUCACCAUUCUCGCUGCAUCCAACACAGUCAUCGCGGGGCUGCUGGCUCUGUUGCACAACAGCGGUAUUCCUGAUCGAUACAGAUACGACAAGUCCGAGUUUCAAAAGGUCGAAAAUCAUAUUAGAGAAGUUCUCGCCACGGGUAUUGUACGUGCGGACCAGUCGGUCCAAGAGGCUCUCGCUAAGUGCUACGAUCGUUUCGAACACGCCAGACGGACAGUCGAAGCCAAUAUGCCAUCAUCUUAUGCCCCAAGUUCAUCAAACCCGCCUUCACGACGCGGAUCCCAAGGUCAACAUACGCCAAUGCCACCGAUGCCGAUGCCUAUGCCGUUACCAGUACGAGCACCGACGACAGUGGCAUCAACACCGACACACGCGACGAGGGCAGCAACAGAACUUAUCACACCGCCUAGGAUGAGGCCACUACGUGCUGAAGCAGCCCAAGAAGAAAAGGGUCCAACCACCAGCAAGCCUAGCGAAUGA